AUGUCCCCCUCUACUAUAUAUACCAACCUUCCCCUCCUCUGUUCACUCCCUCUCCUCAUUCCAAUUGUUUUCAUCAUUUUGUCCUCUGUCCCCUUCUUUAUUCUUCUUUUCCUAUCAGUUCAUAACAUCAUCAUCAGAUUCAUCAUUUCUCAAUCUUGAGAUCUUCAUGGAGGCUGUCGACUUGAAGGUGGAGAUGGUCGGCAUACAUGAGAAGAGACUUAGAAAAUGUUUGUCGAAAAUAAAGGGGAUUGAGAAGGUUGAAGUGGAUGCUAGCAGUCAGAAGGUUACGGUAACAGGAUACACGCAUCGGAACAAGAUACUCAAAACUCUCAGGAGAGCUGGUCUGAAAGCUGAGUUUUGGUCUGCGCAAAAUGAGUUCCUUACUGCUUACGCCUGUGCCAGUUAUGGGUGCCUGAGAUUUAAUAAUUUCAGUUUCUUCUAGUUUUUCUGUUUUUUUUUUGGGGGGGGGGGGGCGUCGUCUUCUGUUUUCACCGAUUGCUAAUUAAGAGGCUGUGUUUGGUUUAUCAGGAAAUUAGUGAAGAAAAAGGGGAAUUGUGGGAAAGACAUUUUGUAAAAUUGUUAACUACUUCGGCAAAAAUUUGCCUUUCUCACUUGUAUUUUCAUGAACCAAAGACAGCCUAAUAUUUGUGGUUUUAUUUAUUUA